CGGCCGCGCGGUGCGCAUAUAAAGGGCCGGGGGAAGGCGGGAGUGGGCGCAGUUUGAAUCGCGGCGGGUUGGGAUACGGCGGUGCUGUUGCCCGGGUUCGGUGCGUGCGGGACGCUCUCUGCUUCAGCCCUCCCCUGCCGGACGCUGCGCUCCCGUUCGCUAUGGCUGGUGGGAAAGCUGGGAAGGACUCUGGGAAGACCAAGACCAAAGCAGUGUCCCGUUCCCAACGGGCUGGAUUGCAGUUCCCUGUUGGCCGCAUCCAUAGGCAUCUGAAGUCUAGGACAACCAGCCAUGGGCGUGUAGGAGCCACAGCUGCCGUGUAUAGUGCUGCAAUCCUGGAGUACCUGACAGCUGAGGUCCUUGAGUUGGCGGGAAAUGCAUCCAAAGACUUGAAGGUGAAACGUAUCACUCCCCGUCACCUGCAGCUUGCCAUUAGAGGAGAUGAAGAGCUGGAUUCUCUGAUCAAGGCAACAAUUGCUGGUGGUGGUGUAAUACCACAUAUCCACAAGUCCCUCAUUGGCAAGAAAGGACAACAGAAGACUGUCUAAAGGAUACCAGGAUUCCUUGUUAUCUCAGGACUCGAAGUACUUAAUUUGUCCAGUGUUGGUGAUCCAGUGGACUGUAUCUGUGAAACACAAUUUUGCCUUUUUUUUUUUUUUAACUUUGAGAAGCUAAAGCUCCCUUGAGCUUUUUAACAAACCAAAUUUCUGCAUUGAAGUCUUAACCAUAUUUAAGUGUUACCAUGGCUUCAAAGAAGCUAUUGUGUUUGUAGUGAGUUGUAAUUCAGCUGACUGUUUCUAGAUUGGUUUAAGCAAAGGAAAUGUUUGGUUUUGUACAGACUUUUCAUCUACUAGAGUGGAAAUAUUCAAUAAAUGUUAUGUCAAGACUGA